AUGGAGUCUGACGAAGUAUCACCAGACCCAGAGCGUCAAUUAUUAGAAAGAAACUCCAAUGCUUCCAAUAGGCUUUCACAGACAACAAAUGAGGCACGCCUCGUCACCGAGCCCCCGACACCAGAAGCGCGCUCAGUAUUAACAAGACUCUACAUAUCCCACACACUGUCAGCAUGGAACUCCCGAAUGUUCGAAUUCGGCGCCGUCCUAUUUCUUGCCUCCAUCUUCCCAGGAACAUUGCUGUACGCAUCGAUAUACGCUCUAGUACGAGCUUUCUCGGCCGUUGCGUUAUCAUCCUGGCUGGGUGCGCAGGUUGAUCGGUCGGAUCGGCUUGUAGCUCUGAGGCAGUCGAUUGGUAUGUUUUCUGGCUUGUAUCAAUUCUCGAUGGCAGAGCUGAUCCAAACAGUCUGGCAAAGAAUCCCAGUCGCAGUGUCAUGUUUGUGCUUUGUGGCUCUUUUGUACACUGAGUCGGGGGCACUUACGAUUGUCCUCUUCGCUGUUCAGGGGCUGUUGGCUUGUAUGGAGAAACUGGCUGCUACAGCUAAUACGGUGGCUGUAGAGCGGGAUUGGGUCAUUGUUAUUUCGAAAAGUAUCAAUAUCCCCCGACAAGGUAAGAAAUACCAAACACCAAGCCCAAGAACUAGAACUAGAUUAACAUCAACCUACCCAGACCUAAACGCAUCCAUGCGCCGAAUCGACCUCUUCUGCAAGCUCCUAGCACCAGUCUUCAUCUCCCUAAUCGACAGCCUUUCAACCAGCACCGCAAUAUGGACAGUCUUCAGCCUGAACACCGCCUCCAUACUGAUCGAAUACAUAGCCAUAGCCCAAGUCUACCGCUCAGUUCCAGCCCUAACCAAAGCACCCACCCCAAGAGAAGACCAAACAAAUACCCUAACCCAAUCUCGCAGCUCAAUCCAAGACACUCUCAAGCCCUGGAAAGAAUACAUAUCCAGCCCUGUCUUCCUCGCCUCCUUCGCCCUCAGCCUCCUCUACCUAACAGUUCUAUCCUUCGGCGCAACAAUGGUGACCUACCUCCUCCACACAGGCUUCUCCUCGUUACAGGUUAGCUACAUGCGCAUUGGCUCCGUGGCGGCCGAGUUAUCUGGAACAUGGGCUGCCCCGCUAAUCAUGAAUCGCAUCGGACCGAUCCGAUCCGGGCUGUGGUUCCUGAACUGGCAAUUCGUCUGCGUGGCCGCUGCUGCGGCAUCGUUUGUUGCCUGGGAUUCGAGCUCGCGGAUUGUGGCGGGCUGCUUGAUUGGUGGUGUGGCGAUGAGUCGGAUUGGGCUUUGGGGUUUUGAUUUGUCGGUUCAGUUUCUCGUGCAGGAGAAUGUCGAGGAGCAUGCUCGGGCGCGGUUUUCGGCGACUGAGAUGGCGUUGCAGAAUGGGUUUGAGAUGCUUUCUUUUGCGUCGACGAUUGCUUUCCCGCUGCCGCUGCAAUUCCGGUAUCCCGUUUUGAUCAGCGCGGCGGCCGUGGCUCUUGCUGCUGUUUGCUUUGCGACGUAUGUGCGUAAGGAACGUGGCCAUUUGCUGCAUCGGUCACGGUGUAUGGGCGGGGACAAAGUAUUUUAUCGUGUGAUUGGACCGGAAACGGUAUAG